CUGUAUGUUGGCAAUAUCCCCUAUACCUUCCGUGAACAAGAAGUGGAGGACAUGUUCAAGAAGUUUGGCACUAUUGUCAAGGUCACUGUGGUUAUGGAUCAGUAUACUGGUCGUAAUAAAGGAUUUGCAUUUGUUGAAUUUGAUGAUCGCAAGAACGCAGAGGAGGCAUUAGAGAACUAUAAUGGGUUUGAUGUCGAGGGCAGACGAUUGAAGUUGGAC